AUGGCAGCACCAUCAAACGAAGUACUUUCGUGGACCAGCCAGGAUCCGCGAGAGAGCCAACUCUUUAACGCCUGGGGUGUUGUCUAUCGUUUUGCGACUGUAGUAGCCCCUAGUGGGCAGAGUACUACUACCCUCUGGCGAGCGGUACGGGCUAACAAGGAAGACCGCGUCGCAAAAUUGGAAUGGGCAUCGAAUGGCGGCCUCGGCCGUGCAGUGAUCGGCAAGAAUACAGUUCCGAUGUCCGACUUGGUUCGCCCGGAUCCACGCUACCCGGGUGCACGCAUAUUCAACGCACCCGAUGGUCUAACAUACCGCUGGCGGCAGACCCCCGGUUCCGCUGAUGUCGUACUGGAAGAUUCCGCUGGAAAUAUCGUUGCAGUCUUCCGGCCUACACGACCAACGCGUUAUCAAAUUGGGGAUGUCUAUGGUGAGCUCCACUUUCUGCGAAAUGCCGGGGCAGCUACUAUCAUGCAUCCCCCAAUCAUGGACACGGUCACCGUGACCGCCAUGUUAUACCGAUUUUGCCAGGCAUUUGGUCUUUGA